AUUGUAUCAGCACAUGUAUGUUUUUUUUGUUUUGAAGAUACCUGUAUUUUCUUGGCACAGUCAUGUUUUAUGCAUUAAAAGAAUGAAUAAUCUAACCCCAAAUGAGAUGCAUCACCAGAGCUGUAGGCUGUAGGUUGUUUGGUCAACAGUUACAAUCAUCUCAUUGGCUGAAAUUUAAGCCUAUCAGGUCUGAUGGGUAAUGUCCAACAGAAGGGGUGGGAAUGUCAUGGAAGUAAAUGGGCUGACUGUAUUAUAAAAGUAGGUGCACAUUUUCAUCUUCCUUACAGCACCUAGUGAACUGUGCAGAUCACUCGUUGUUGUGAAGCCAUGGUGAUGAAGUGGACUGCUGUGUGCCUUGUGGCGCUGGCCUUGUCUGGCAGCUUCUGUGAUGCUCAGUGGUCUGGAUACCAGAAGCCAGCAGAACCUGUGAAACAGGAAUCCAAACACCCGCCUCAACAGUCCAAGCAGUCAUUUGAGAAACCACUCACCUGGGUGUACCCUGAACUUCCCAAGGUUGACCCCGUACCUGAGGUGCCUUUUGAGCUGAGGCAUCCCGUUCCUGCUGCAACUGUUGCUGUCGAGUGCAGGGAGAAGAUUGCCCAUGUGGAAGUCAAGAAGGACAUGUUUGGAAUAGGCCAGUUCAUCAAUCCUGCCGACCUUACCCUAGGAGCCUGUGCCGCUACCGCAGAGGACACUGCUGCUCAAGUAUUGAUUUUUGAAGCUGAACUGCAUGAUUGUGGCAGCUUAUUGAUGAUGACAGAAGAUGCCCUCAUCUAUACCUUCACUCUGAACUAUAAUCCCCAACCUUUGGGCGGUGCUCCUGUGGUGAGGACCAACAAAGCUGCUGUAAUUGUGGAAUGCCACUACCCAAGGAAGCACAACGUGAGCAGCUUACCUCUUGACCCCCUCUGGAUCCCAUUCUCUGCGGUUAAGGUCGCAGAGGAGUUCCUAUAUUUCACCCUGACACUCAUGACUGAUGACUGGCUAUAUCAGAGGCCAAGCUACCAGUAUUUCCUGGGAGACAUCAUUAAUAUUGAGGCUACCGUCAAGCAGUAUUUCCACGUGCCCCUCCGUGUUUAUGUGGACAACUGUGUAGCUACCCUGGCACCUGACAUGAACUCCAGCCCCAGAUAUGCCUUCAUUGAGAACCAUGGGUGUUUACUUGAUGCUAGGAUCACAGGCUCUGACUCUAAGUUCAUGGCUCGUACUGCAGAGAACAAGCUUCAGUUCCAGUUGGAGGCCUUCAGGUUCCAGGGUGCUGAGAGUGGACUGCUCUACAUUACCUGCCACUUGAAAGCAACUUCUGCCGCCUAUGCCAUUGAUAGUGAACACAGAGCUUGUUCCUACAUUAGUGGAUGGAAGGAGGCCAGUGGAGCUGACGGAGCUUGUGGUUCCUGUGAAUCAUCUGGCCUUGCCACACCUGGUAAAUGGGGCGCUGGUGGUGGAUCAUCUGGCAUUUCAUCUGGUACCUCAACUGGUAGCUGGGGCGCUGGCGGUGGAUCAUCUGGCACUGGAACUGGUAGCUGGGUCACUGGUGUUGGAUCAACCUCUCCGGCCAAUCCUGGAAGGAAGAUCCGUCAAGUGUCCGAAAGUGAAAUUGUCGAAUGGGAAGGUGAUGUCACCCUGGGACCCAUCCCCAUUGAAGAGAAGGUGGUCCAAGAGAAGGCUUAAAUCAAUAUCUCGCCAUGACUAUGACCAUCAAAAUAAACAUUUUCAUUGGUUCAUAACUGUCUGUAUGUUAUUCUCUUGCUCAUGCUUCUUGUUAUUGCUUCAGUUUAAACAAGACAUCUCAUUUACUCCAUUAAAUGUAAGUAAAAUCCGACAUAUCUAAGACAUAAAUAUAAGAAAACUGAAGUCAUUAAGUGUAACUUAUUUUGCA